UUCGUCGCCAUUCCAACGCGCUUUUCCAAGUCUCUCAUUUCCCUCAUUCCCCUGCUCGAUCUAGCGUCAAUCGCAACCGUCCGUUGGCAGAAAACCAAUCGAAGAGAGAGAAAAUGUCGAAAGACGAUCAGCCGGCGGUGGGAAUCCCAUACCCCUACGACCCGAAUCCUAAAUCUCCGAUGCAACAGAUGCAUUCCCAUCCGACGCAGCAGCAGCAAUUCUACUAUGUGGGACAGAACCCUUACCAGGCAGGGAUGGUCCCACCAAACGCCAUCUACGGCGAUCCGAAGGGGAUUCCUUUGCAGCAGACCAUCUUCAGAGACACUCCCGCCCCCUUCAACUGCGUCUACUGCGGCAGUUCCGGCAUCACGGACGUCAAAUCGAAGCCGAGCCUAGCAGCUUUGAUUGGAUGCAUGAUGCCGAUGUGUCUGGGAGUAUGCUUCCUCUGCCCUUCAAUGGAUUGCCUCUGGCACAAGUAUCAUUACUGCCCAAGCUGUGGAGAAAAGGUUGCUGAUUUUGAGAAAUCAGAUCCAUGCAUCAUGGUGGAUGUGCCACGCUGGACGGAGCAGAGUUUUGCAGUGCCUGCUUGAUUCUUGUUUCAUGCCCUGCUUCUGUUGUGUGUUAUCCUUCUGUUUCAAUGGACUAGAGUUUCCUUGUAUUGGGGUGUGCUUGUAGAUAAAGGAGGUUUCAGAUAAAGAGUACAUGGACCUUUUAUUAUCA